UUCAAAUGGUGUAAGCUGGUGCAAGUUUGCUUGGCAGAACAUAGUCAGGAUUACAAUCAUGCAAUGUGUGCAAGCACAAAAAAACGAGAACAAGUUUGGUUUAUUCAUGAUUGAUCUUAUGCAUGUGGAACAUACCCCUCCAAUUGUCAAAAGUUUUAUUUACACAUGAUUUGAUUCACUUUACACCCACUCUGUGUUUAUUUUUACUAUUAAUUAUAUUUCAAAUGUUAAUUAUUGAGUAUUAGUUAUAAUGGAAUUCAAUAUUUACGUUAUUAUAUUUUGUCUCUUAUCUCAAGUCUCCACACAAAAUGAAAUUAACAUUUAUGGGCCAGGGCUGAAUCCCAAAGAAAUCGUGAUGCCGGCUAGAUACUUUUUUGUUAAUUUCACAUUUAUUACAGAACAAUCGUAUGCCUCAAGUUUACCAAAUGACUUAGCUGUAGAAAUAAAAGGGAGCUCUAAGAAACACAGAGAUUGCCGUGUUUGGGUAAAUAAAUUGGACAGAAAAGAUGGAACAUUCAUUAUUAGGUACAAAGUAUAUGAGACUUGCCAAGAUAUGUCAAUAAGUGUAUAUUAUAAAAGUAAACAUAUCACUGGAUCCCCUUACUAUUAUGAAGGUCCUAUUCAACCAGAUCAGUGUGACUGCCCUGAACAAGACAUUAAUGUAUGGCUAGAGCAAUAUGGUUGCCCUGAAUCCUUCAGUAAAAUCAAUCAAGAUCUAAAACCCUUUAAUAAUGUUGAUAUGGAAGUAAAAGUACCAAAGAUUGUAGAAAAAUACCACAAACCGGAUACUACAAGUUUUUGCCACUAUGUCAUUAAAAAUAAUAAGAUUUAUAGGGACUGCUAUGGAAAGCAUGUGGGCUUCAACAUGUUUUCAGAUAACAUUCUCUUGUCAUUAUCAAGGAAAGUCAGGUUGCCCGACAUGGAGUUGGUAAUUAACCUGGGAGACUGGCCUUUGAUUCGUAAGAACACUGAACUGUUGCCAGUUUUCUCAUGGUGUGGCAGUGAUGAUACAAUGGAUAUUGUAAUGCCAACAUAUGACUUGACUGAAUCUACCUUAGAGAAUAUGGGAAGGGUAACCCUCGACAUUCUAUCAGUGCAAGGCAACAUCGAGAAGCCGUGGGAGGCCCGCGAGCCCCUCGCGUUCUGGCGCGGCCGCGAUUCGCGCGCUGAGCGCCUGAAACUCGUCGACAUCGCUCGCGCCAACCCGGACCUUUUCAACGUGUCUCUUACGAACUUUUUCUUUUUCUUGGACAAACAAGAACAAUAUGGACCAAAGUCGCCGCAUAUUUCCUUUUUUAAGUUCUUUGAUUACAAAUACCAAAUCAACAUUGACGGCACCGUAGCAUCAUACCGACUGCCGUACCUGCUCGCGGGCGGCGGCACGGUGCUGAAGCAAGCAUCACCAUACUACGAGCACUUCUAUAGCCAGCUGGUUCCGUGGGAGCACUUCGUGCCGGUGUCACGUGACCUGUCGGACUUGGCGCAGCGCGUGCGGUGGGCGCGCGCGCACGACGACGAAGCGGUGGAGAUAGCGAGGAAUGGGAGGAAGUUUGUUAACGAGCAUCUGCUUCCUCAACAUAUAUUUUGCUAUCAUGCGGUGCUGUUCCAGGAAUGGAGCAAGAGGAUAACGAAUAAAGUGAAUGUGCGUAAAGGAAUGACGGAAGUGCCUCAACCGACGUUUGACUGUCAUUGCGAACCAAAAGAAAAAAAGAAACGUGAAGAUCUUUGAGUAUCCCUUUGAGGCUCGGAGUCAAAGCUAAUUAUGCGCCAAAAAUGCCAAAACAUUCCUUCCUUGCAUAAUACAAAGUAAUCUCAGUAGUAUAGGUAGUGUAAAUAUAGUUUUGCUAAUAUUAUGUCAAAUAACAUAAGGCUAUGAAAAUAAAAUUUUAUUAGAUUAUAUUAUUUUAUUACAAACAUUACCAAAUAAUAUCACAUUUUGGUAAAAUCCAUACUAAUAUUAUAAAUGGGAAAGUGUGUUUGUCUGUUUGUUUGUCCGUCUUUCACGGCAAAACGGAGCGACGAAUUGACGCGAUUUUUUAAGUGGAGAUAGUUGAA